AUCGAUAUGUGUUUCCAGUGUCGCUCGGCGUUACAAAGCUCAGUGGCAUCGGAGCGGACAGCGUCUUCCUUGGCGUGAUCCGUCCCCAGUCGUCUAGCUUGGCGAUCCUGCGCGUCUGGCUGUCCCCCAACGGAGUCAUCCUCUGUGCUGAUCAACAAUUCUCCAGCGCUGUUGGUUACGUGGAGGGAGACCUGGUGGGCCACACCCUGUCCUCGCUGGUGUCGGGUUCCCCCGAGGCGCUGGAGUCGCUGCUGGAGCGCUGCCGCGCCGCCAGCCCCGAGCAGCUGGCCUCGCAGCGGGAGGGCGAGUGCGUCACCGCGCAGCUGCUGCUGGCGCACCGCUUCCUGGAGCCGGUGCUCAUGGACAUCACCGUGCGCAUGGCGGGCUCCGAUGCGCAGCGCAUCCUGGUGCUGCACUGCCGUCGCUGCGACGGUCUGGAGGG